AUGCUUGUCGAAAUAUCAAUUGAUGUAACAUUAGCUAAACUUUGUUCAUAUUUUAAUUCACAUACAUAUCAACGUUUAUUAAAUGCUUAUCGUUUACUUGGAAAAUCAUUAACAUCUAUGGAUCAAUUACAAAUGCAUUUUGUUAAUGUUGUACAAACACAUACAUUAGAAAUUUUAUUAAAAACUGUUGCAACAAUAAAUAAUGAACAAAAUUUAUCGUCUUAUAGUGAUUUAUGUAAAGAAUUUCGAUUUUUUUGUGAAACAUCUUCUAUAUCAUUCAAUCAAAAAAGUGAUUUUGAUUUAUUUGAUCGAUAUUUAUAUACUGAACAUGAACAUCCAUUUGACCUUGAUCAAACUCGAACAACAUUUUUCUCUUCAUGGUUACAAUACAAAUCAGAUAGUGAAAAUGAACAAAAAAGAUCUUCAAUGUAUGGAAAUCGUUCUCAUUAUCACGAUGAUAAAAAUGAAUCUACCAUUGUUACAAAUACAACUUUAAACGUGAUCAGAUUAUUUGGUCGUUAUAUGAAAAUGAUUGAAAUGCUUAAACCUAUUGCAUUUGAUGUUAUUAUUUGCAUGACACAAUUCUUUGAUUAUUAUCUUUAUACAGUUUACCCAUUAUUUGCUUUAUCAAGUAAAUAUUUUACAAUUGACUAUAUAUGA